AUGUAUUUUUGUUAUUUAUAUGUAUUUUUAGUAGAGAAAGAUGAACUGCCCAUGCGAGAAUAUCAAUAUGAACUGAGCCAAGUUGCAACUAAUGGAGAAAACACAAUCAUCUGUGCUCCUACUGGAUCAGGAAAAACUCGUGUUGCUCUGUAUAUUGUCAGAGAUCAUCUCAGCAAGACGUUUGAUCAUGGUACGUGUAAAAUAUCUGGUAGCCUAAUAAUUAUUUAUAGGCAUGGACAAGAUUUCCUUUGUUUACAGGUCUGUCAUGUAACAGGAGAAAGCGAGUUAUCUAUGCAGCUGCACACGGUGUUUGAUUUCUAUGAUAUUUUUGUUCUGACGCCCCAGAUAUUAGACAACCAUCUGAAAGACGGGAGGAUAAAAUCAUUAAGCGAGUUUUCUCUUCUGAUUCUGGAUGAAUGUCAUCAUACUCGAAAGGGAGAACCUUAUAAUAAUCUGAUGAAGAAAUAUCUGAAAGCCAAAAAGGCGAGAGAAGAUGGACUUCCUCAGAUUAUCGGACUUACAGCGUCUCUGGGUGUAGAAAAGGCAACAACAGUUGGGGAGGCGACGAUCAGCAUUUUAAAACUCUGUGCCAAUCUGGAUGUUAGAAAACUUUCAACUGUAACCGUUUAUAAAGACGAGUUAGAAAGAACCGUUCCUAAACCUGAUGAAAGAAGAGUCAAGUUACAUGGAAACCGAUGUGACGAAGCCAGGGACCAAAUUCACAACACCAUGUUACAAAUAGAAAACCACUUAGACGAGGCCAAAAAACGUCCAUCGGACCUGAACAGCCAGAGUUACGGACAAUGGGCGGUGGAAAUAAGACGAUCCGCCAUGAAGAUCAUUGGACAGACAUUGGAGAAGAAGGCGUUAACACGUACUAUAGUUGUGUACAAUGCUUCAAUGGAUAUCCACGACCUAGUGAGGUUAUCAGAUGUUUUAGAAUAUCUAGAGAAAACCCUGACAGACAACCUGGAAAAAAAUAAACAUUCCCCAGUAGAAGCUAAGUUAUCUACAUAUUUUAAAGAACUAAAAUUAAAUUUAAGAAGAUUUGCCAUUGAAGAUGAAAAUCCAAAUCUGAGGAUUUUAAAGGAUGAGAUAAUAAAGUUACGGAAGGAGAAAGGAGAUGAUUCGUUGGGUAUAAUUUUUGUCAGAACUCGAGGAACUUGUUCUGCUAUUUGUGAAUGGAUGAAGUCAGAUCGAGAGUUGAGGAGAUUAAAUGCUGAACCAUUCACCGGAGCUGGUGCUCAUGAAGAGGAGGGAGGAAUGACACAGAACCAACAGGAUGCUGCAAUAGCAAGGUUUAGAUCUGGUACCACCAAGUUUCUGGUAGCUACUAGUGUAGCCGAAGAAGGGUUGGACAUUCCAGAUUGUAAUAUAGUGAUACGAUACAAUCAUGUCGGCAAUGAAAUUACUACAGUUCAGACUCGAGGCAGGAGUCGAAAAAGAGGUGGAACAUCUGUCCUAUUGGGAAUGGAUGAGAUAUUAAAAAGAGAAAUCUUAAACAUUGGGAAAUCUAAAAUGAUGGAGCAAGCCAUUCUUCAGUUCAAACAGAUGCCCUUGCCCGACGUGAAGAAGCAGAUCAAGGAAUAUCAAAAGGCUGUAAUCCAAGAAGAACAGCUGAAGGAAGAAAUUAGCAAACUCUCACAAAGAAACAAAAUUAAUGACCGUUUUCAACUAGUGUGUUUUAAGUGUACACAAUUAAAGAUCGACAACAAGUUUAUCAAAACUAUCAAUAAUUCCCACCAUGUCGUAAUCGACCCUGAGUUCAUGUUAAAAGUCGACUUGCGACCAGACCAAUCACCACGGAAACCAUUUGAUGGAAUCCAAAUUACCGGCAAAAUACACUGUAAGAAAUGUCAUAAUCAUUUAGGUGUCAUGUUCCGGUACAAGGGUCUCAUGUUCCCAGCUGUUAGAGUGGAGAGUUUUCAAAUUUUGACCUCUUCUGGUCAAAUAAUGCUGCUGAGGAAAUGGAAGGAUUUGCCCUUUCUGGUGAAGGAAAUCGGACAGGAAGAUUAUAAGCGAAUGAUUUCUAGAGAAAAAGAAGCACAGAAUCCCGAGCAACCGGAUAAUGAUGCUAUAUUAGAUCUUACUGAUUUAAGACUGGAUGAAGAGAAUUCCGAGGAUGAAGAUUCAGAUUUUGUUUUUGUUAAAGAGAGAUUCCGAGAUAAACUAGAUGAAAAAGAUGUUGAUGAAACAGACGUCAAAUAUCCUUGA